AAUAUUUGUGUGAAUAGACGUUAUUAUUGAGUGAUUCGUGUGUUUAUGUGUUUAUGGUUUGCAUUUUGCAGACAAUUUGUGUCAAACCUAUCACUCAAUUGUAGGCAUUGUUUGCGAUUAUGUCUGAAACGAGUUCAGACACUAACGGAGACUCGGGUUUCGACUUCUUGACGGACAAAGACGCGAGGAAUGCGUCCAACAAACCACUCACCCCUCACACCACCACCACUUCUGGCACGUCUUCGCCGCCACAGGAGACCAGUGAACAAGAGUUGUCACCAUCGGUGCCAUUGGUUGUAAAAGCUAGUGAAGCCAUGGGUUCAGUGGUGUCGGAACCGCUGCAGCAGACUAUUGAGCCGUCGGUUGCCGUGAAUCUGAACGAAACGAGUGGUUCGCCGAAGACUCGCUCCGAUUCAAUGGGUUCUGGUUUUCUCGAGUGGAUUGCAAACAAUGAGUUCAUAUCGAAGAUGGCAGAGAAGGCCAAGAAUUCGGUGGACACUAUGAUCACGACAUUAGAUCCCGGAAUGAAGGAAAUCAUAUAUUCCGGAGGAGAUAUCAAUGUAAUGGUGACUACAGACAAAGAGGCGAAGAUCUGUCCCAUAAGGGAAGCCUUUCAGAAGGUGUUCGGGAGGGCCACUGUCAACGGGCUGUCCUCACAGCCGCUGAGCAUAGCUUCCCAACCGAUCGGUUUCGAAAAUGGCUUGAAAGCAGCCAAAGAGCGGAUCCAAGCGUUGCGAAUGAACACGAGUUCUAUUCCUCAGAAUCAAGUGAUUGUGUCGAUCGAGAACUUUAUUGUUGACAUCUCUGACGAUAAAUGGUACGACUUGGGAUGUAUAGUAUUGGAGGAUCCCGUGCAGGGCAUACACCUCGAGGUCUUCACGCAAAUGACUCCCAUUCCCAAUGAAUGCGUAAAUCAGAUGCGUUUUGAGACUCCCAUUGACUAUGCGUUCAAGAGUUCCGGUUAUAGUGUGAGUGUUGGGGCAGUUAUGGCACAAAAGCUCAACACUUCUCCCGAAGAAUGGCAUCAAUCGUGGGUUGGGAUCAGUCGUAAGGAUAUUAUACAGCAAUCGGCCAACGCUUUGGCCAAUCUUUAUAAGAAUCGUUUGUUGAGAUGA